GCAGGAAGCAAAUGAAAACGCGAAGAGGGAAGGCUAUAGCUUUUUCUAGCAUUGAACGUAACAAGCAGGCAAGCAGGCAAGCAGGCAAGCAGGCAAGCAGGCAAGCAAGAACUAUUGGUAUUGUGGUGAAAGAUGUGGGUUAAAUGGAUGGUGAAACUUACAAGGUGAGUCAAUCCACCUGGUGGAUCGAAUAGAAGAUGCACAAAGACAAAGCGACUAAGCAAUUACUUCAGGAAGGAAGGAUGGGGACGUGCGAAUUGCAGCUGCAAUGAGGAAGCAAGAGCUGAGCCCCAGUAAUCGUAUCAAUCAGAAGGCGGGUGAGAGGCAGAGGAUGAGAGACAAGAGAAGAAGAAGAUUGGGGAAGGAGGAAGAGAAGAAGAUGAAGAAGAAGGUGGAUCUGAGGACAGUAAUCCCAAUAGAGAAGGAGGGUGCAGUUGCAGUACUAACUGCAGUGAGCACCACAAUGGAAAAGUACUGCAAUAGUGUAGACGUGCUUCUUCCGGCAAACAAUCCCAAACAGGCAAUUAGAAGUAUGAUUGCAACAACAGAUCCGGUGGAUCACACAAGCAUCGAGUUCAUCCAUGCAAAAUUAGGAGGGAAACCUGUUGCUUUAAUAAUAAUGCACCGAGCCUCCCCUCCAGUGCCAGUGGAGCUGAAGAAUAAUGCUAGUGGUUAAAGUUCAGGCUGCCCAGGUAUCUCUGACGAGGGCUACGAGCAGAAAGUGGAAAAUGGAUCUAUGCAAGUUGAACUUCACCACUAUUU